AUGAAUGCAGCGGGAGAAACUUCUUUUGACGUGGGCAUUUUGUACAAAGCUAUAUGUGCUAACAACUUAGAGGAAGCAAAACAAAUCCUUGAGCAACAUUCAAGUGCUUGGACGGCAAAACUUACCGUUACAAACGGAACACCUCUCCAUGUGGCUGCGCUUUUUGGACAUGUAGAACUAAUGGAGGAGUUGGUGAGAUUAGCUGACCCAGAAUUCCUGGAAAUAGUUGACGAUUAUGGCUCUACUCCACUUGCAAUUGCUGCAUCGACUGGGGUCAUUCAAAUCGCAAAAUGCAUCCUUCAUAAGAAUAGAAACAUACUGGACAUUCCAGACUUGAGAUUUCAUCUUCCUGUUACAUUGGCUAUUGGUGCUGGUCGGAAAGAAAUGGGACGUUUUCUCUAUAAGGAAACCCCAUUGGAAGUUCUCAAACCCCAAAAUGGCUAUCUAGGUUCUCGACUUCUUCGUGCAUGUUUCGAAGCUGGUGAACUUGAUAUUGCUCUGCAUCUACUUGAACAAUGUGAAGAUAUCAUUUUUGCCGCAGACCACACCAAUUGGACACCAGUUGCCAGUAUAGCACUCAUGCCAGCUACAGUUGAGAGUGCAAGUCAACUUGGAUUAUGGAAAAGAUGGAUUUAUCACUCCAUACCUAUAACAUCAACCACAACAAUCGACAAUGUUUGUGUAGACAUUCAACAAGAAGGUGACGAUAAAAGCAUUCAAGCGGGGCAUGGUCUACUGCAGUGGUUCAUCUCUAAAGUCUAUGCUUUGUUAGGAGUAAAGAAAAUAUAUGAGCUGAAGUUGAAGCAUGCACAAGCAUCUCAAAUUCUGAAACUACUUUGUCGGAGGGUACCUCUUUUGAAUGAGCAGCAACGUGAAAUAGUUAUAAAUGCGCUGCACCUUGCGGCUAAAGGAGGGCUUGUUGAUUUUUUGUCUGAAAUAUCAAAAACAAGCCCACAAUUAAUCCAGUUGACUUCAACAUUAGAAAAUUGGAACACUUUCUUCUGUGCUAUUGAAUAUCGUCAAGCUGGGGUUUUCAGCCUAAUCCAUGAGUAUCGCUUCAACAAUUUAAUGGCAUCAAUAGUAGGUCCGUCCGGAGGUUGCAUGCUCCAUGUUGCAGCCAGGCUGGUUCCUUCUAACCGCCAGCUUCACCGGGGUGCAGCUCUGCAGAUGCAAAGUGAAAUGCAAUGGUUCAAGGAAGUUGAAAGAUUGGUACCUCCUGGACUUAGGGUAUCUCAGAAUCGUCGGGGUCAACAACCAGAAGACAUAUUCAAAGAAACUCACAAAGAUUUAAGGGAUGCAGGAGAAAAAUGGAUGAAGGAUACAGCAUCUUCUUGUUCUAUUGUUGGUGCUUUGAUUGUUACUGUCAUGUUUGCAGCAGCUUUUACUGUUCCCGGAGGGUACGAUCAAAAUACUGGUUACCCAGGAUUUUCACCUCACGUUAUGCUGAAAUAG